UUAAAUUUUGUGUACAAAAUUCAGAUAAAAAAUGUUGCCAAAAUUUGUGUACGCUGUCCUUCUUCUGGUAUUGACAGCGUUGCAUAUAUGCUCCCACUUGAGUCCCAUCAUUAAGGCCAGUGCCAGCAUCAAAACCAUCAAUUUGGAGUACACCAGAGAGCUGAAACUCCGCGUGGGCUAUGAAUAUAAUUGUCGGCUGCUUUGGCAAGCUGUAGUCAAUUCAUUGAUCGUGAUCUAUGGAUUCUGGCGUUGUGAACGCGAAGUUGAUCGGCGAAAGCAGAAUUCUCUUAUCGAUAAUAAAUGCACCGGUAACUCCUAUAUCUCUCCAGCGACUGAGGUCAAAUUGAAUUGGCUGCGGAACAGGAGCAAGAUUGCCUCCAGCUGGCAACUGUUUCCACAUCGUGUCUUUGCCUUGUUCACUGUGCCAUGGUUGUUGACGUUCCUAAUGAACGCAUUCUUCGGAUAUUCCACAGUUAAUCUUGUCAUGCGACACUUUUGUGCCUCUCAAUUGGAUGUUCUCAAUCUCUAUCUCCGCAUUCAGCUGCUCUAUUUACAAAACUGGAUGCCUCAAGGUUUUGGUCACUAUCUGUCACAAUUUAACGGCGCUUUUGAGUUUCUAUUUGCAACGCAUACGAACUUCAUUACCUAUCAGACUGAUGUGAUGGCCGGAGGUGAAUAGUUUGGGCCCAGAUUACAACAAUCUUAAAAUCGUAUUUUCUUUGGAAAUUUGUCUUUAUUUUGAUUAUAUUAUGUUUUGAGGAAUAAAACUGCAUUUGUCAUGAAUUGAAAAAUAAUAAAACAACUUUCCCAUUAA